UGAAGAGCAGAGGAGAGAGUUGGUUAAUCGAUGAGGAGGAGAGCUGUGAAGAAGGGGAGAAUCAGUAAGAGUAGAGGGAGUAGCGAUAUGGAGGGUUCACUGACAAGGCAUUUGCAGGUUCAGCUACGGCAGGUCUCUUUGCUUCCUCCGCAGCAGCGACAGUCGUUGUCGACCAAUACUUCCGAUUCGUCGAUCCAACACCUUCCGGUCGCGUCAGCAGUCGGAGAUGCUGGUGCUGCUGCUGACUUGGAUGAGAAAGACUUCAUCCUCAGCCAGGACUUCUUCUGCACCCCUGACUAUAUCACUCCGGAUAAUCAAAAUCUACCAAAGAGCGUGGAUUGCAACAAGGAAGAAAUCCCUUGCCCAAGAUCACCGGAGAAAAUAAACACUGUCAAAACCAAAAGACAAAGACAGGAUUUCUCCUCAAUAAAUCCAGUCAGUCCCUCCUUCUCUGACCAUCAACAAGUAAUCGAACUUGCAAAAGAUAUUUUGGGUACAGAUGAACUAAUGAAAGAGAAAUUGAAAGUGAACGGAACACCGAAGAUUCAAAAUUACAUUUCACCAUCAGUUGUUGCUUUACGCUGUCGUGUUAUGCCCCCUCCUUGUAUUAAGAAUCCAUAUCUAGAUGACGGUAUGGAAUUGGACGUGGAUCCUUUUGGCAAUCAAAGAUCAAAAUGUGCAGGUAUUUUAUCUGCAUUUGUUGGGGGGGAUGGACUUUCACGCUACCACUCAGAUUUCCAUGAAAUCAAGCAAAUUGGCAAUGGGAACUUCAGUCGUGUUUUUAAAGUUUUAAAGAGAAUUGAUGGCUGUUUUUAUGCUGUAAAGCAUAGCACGAGACAUUUGCAUCAAGAUACAGAAAGGAGGCAAGCUUUGAUGGAAGUUCAAGCAUUGGCAGCUUUAGGGUCUCAUGAAAACAUAGUUGGAUAUUAUUCUUCUUGGUUUGAGAAUGAGCAACUCUAUAUUCAGAUGGAACUUUGUGAUCACAGCUUAUCAGCCAGUGUAGCCUCUCAAUCUUUCACGGAGGGAGAGGUCUUGAAAAUCUUGUAUCAGAUGGCUAAGGCAUUGCAGUUUAUGCAUGGGCAAGGGAUAGCUCACUUAGAUGUAAAACCUGAUAAUAUUUAUGUCAAGAAUGGUGUUUAUAAGCUUGGCGAUUUUGGAUGUGCGACUCUUCUUGACAAGAGUCUGCCAAUUGAAGAGGGUGAUGCACGAUACAUGCCCCAGGAGAUUCUGAAUGAGAACUAUGAUCAUCUUGACAAGGUUGACAUCUUCUCACUUGGAACUGCUGUUUAUGAGCUCAUUAGGGGUUCUCCCUUGCUAGAGUCGGGACAUCAUUCAUUCAUUCAUAGAGAGGGAAAGCUACCACUCCUUCCUGGUCACACGUUGCAAUUUCAAAAUUUGCUCAAGGUCAUGAUGGAUCCUGAUCCAACUCAGAGGCCCUCUGCUAAAGAGUUAAUGGUAAAUCCCAUUUUUGAGAGGAUUCGAAGAAAUGCAAAGACCUAAGCAAGCAAUUGUUGAAUUUUGUGGCAAGAAAAUGGGGCCAUCAUGAUCAGCUGGCCCAAGAAUUCUGAAGAGCAGUUCCUUUUGUCAUAGUAGGCACCAAGUUUUCUCCACUUGAUGGUGCAUGGCUUAUAAAGUAAGGUAAGGAAAAUCUUGUAUUGUUGACUAGAAUUUUGGCACGAAGUUUCCAGUAAAAAAUGCGACUUUAUUUGGUUGUUGCAUUGUCGUUUAUACAAUUUUGUUUAGGCAUGGGAGUGUGGAGAAGGCAAUUAGUUGCAAUACCCUUGUGGCUAGGGUUUUGACUCAACUUAUCUUGUAAUCAAUACAUGCAGGUUUGAUGGCAUGAGUUUAGACUCAUCAGAUCUCCAAAUGGUUAGUUUGUAUGAUAUUGUUAUUGAUUAGAGUACAAUGCAUAUGAUCUUUGUGCAAACCCUUUAUGAUUUAUUGUUGCAGACUUGCAGUGUCAUUCUAGAUUUGAUCAAUCAUCAACAAUUAUUGAAUCGUCCUAGGGUUAUUUAAGUAGAGUAGAUCAUUCUUUUAAUGAACACACAGGACAACCGAAUUGGAGAGC